AAGUAGAUGCUGUGUUUUGUAAAUAUUACUAUUAAAAGGAAAUAUUAAGAUAAGAUGGAAAACUCAGAGAUCAAGUCACCGACCUAUGACAUUUCGAAGUUCCGGCUUAAGCGGAUACUCAACAACAAUAGUGUUCGGAAGAGCAUUUCAUUGCUAGGCACUUUCCCAGACCUCUCCGAGACGGACGAAGCCAUUGUUGUUUUUGAGAAAAAUGCAUAUCAGGAGAGCGACAUUUCCACGGAGGCAGCUUCCAAAGAAUCACCGGCGAAACCAAGUUACUUUAGCGCUGAGUUGAAGGUUAACACGGAGUUCAUUAAUAACAUAUACGGCAGUUUUCAGGUUGUGCCCAGCCUGGAUUUAUGCGCCGUCAAGAGCACAGUUAUAUAUCCAGCCACAGACAAGCACGUCGAAAAGUAUUCCAUAUGCCAGAAGUAUCUCAUUAGAGAAACACCAGAUCUCUACGAAAGUACAACUCUUCCGUACAUCAACGAGAGCCAAUUCUCGCUGGAGUGGGUAUACAACAUACUGGAACACAAGAAGGAAACCGAGCGAAUCGUAUUUGAGGACAAGGAUCCAGAAACCGGUUUCAUCCUGCUGCCAGAUCUGAAAUGGGAUGGACGGAAUGUAGAGAACCUCUACCUGCUUGGCAUUGUGCACAAGCACGAUAUUAAAUCACUCCGUGAUCUGAAUGGCAGCCACCUGCCGUUGCUGCGGAAUAUACGCCAGUCCGCAAAGGAUGAAAUUUCUAAACGAUAUGGCUUGAAUCCCAACCAGCUGCGCAUGUACUUUCACUAUCAGCCCUCCUUCUACCACCUGCAUGUGCAUAUCAAUCCCAUUAGGAACGAUGCCCCAGGCAUUUGGUGCGAGAAGUCGCACAUGCUGGACACUGUAAUAAGCAACUUGGAACUCUUGCCGGACUACUACCAGCGCGCCACAUUACCCUUUGUCGUGUAUGAGGGUAACAAACUGCUGGAUUUGUAUGAGGAGAAGUUAACAGUUCGCAGUGUAGCAGCACCCAUAAGUGAGUCUAAAGAGCGAGAAGAGGAGCCAGCGGUGGAAUCGGCUGUCGAUGGUUUCAGUGAUGAUGACCCAGAAGAGAGGGAGUGCAAACGCAUCCGAUUGGCAACACCAGACCCAAAGGAAGCCGAAGCCACUGCCCAGGUGUGUGCAUAGACAAAACACGAAAGCCCACG